GAUGACGCACCGCAGACACGCGCAAUGGUAACCGGAAGCAUCGAUGAGAGGAAAAUAAAAAUCGAUCAUAAUCCUUGUUAUUCUUGAGGGGGAACUCUUGUCACCUGCUGGCAUUUCCACGGCGAAGAUUCGCACCUGCUGGCCCUUAAACACUAGCGCCUUGUCGGAGGGGGACGGCGGAGAGCAAAAAAAAAAAACAAAAAAAAAAUUGCCUCGUUUGCCCGAAGUUGCUGGCUAACUGGUUUUAGCUGACGUGUGGAGAAGUUGAGACUGGCAGAGAGCAGACAGACUCAGACUAAACAAGCCGGGGAUCAGCUCAGCGUCUGUCCGAACACAAGCAGCGGCAGCCCGGGGAGAUGUCGCGGAGCCCGAGAAUGAUCCACGGGAGACGGUGACUUCCACUGAAAGUAGCUCCAUGUAGACUGUCAACACUUGGCACACAAAGAAUCCCAGCUACACAACACGAGGAACAUCCACGGCUUCUGUCACUUUGGCCACAAACACAUGGUCUGCCAAUGACUUUGUCCUCCACUUUUCACCACUAACCUUUAUUACGUUGCAACAAUACAGAAGUGGGAUCGACAUGGCCCACCAGGCAACCCCUAGUUCCCAGAAGGCCCUGAUGAUGGAGUUGAAGUCCCUGCAGGAGCAGCCGGUGGAGGGCUUCCGCAUAACUCUUGUGCAAGAGUCUGAUCUCUACAACUGGGAAGUAGCCAUAUUUGGGCCCCCAAACACCCUGUAUGAAGGAGGCUACUUUAAGGCUCACAUCAAGUUCCCGGUCGACUACCCGUACUCGCCACCCACCUUCCGUUUCAUCACCAAGAUGUGGCACCCAAACAUCUAUGAGAACGGUGAUGUCUGCAUCUCCAUCCUGCACCCCCCAGUUGAUGAUCCUCAGAGCGGUGAGCUGCCCUCUGAAAGAUGGAAUCCCACCCAGAAUGUCAGGACAAUUCUGCUGAGUGUCAUCUCUCUCCUCAACGAACCAAACACCUUUUCGCCUGCAAAUGUGGACGCCUCUGUCAUGUUUCGCAGAUGGAGGGACAGCAAAGGCAAAGACAAAGAGUAUGCUGAGAUCAUCAGGAAACAGGUGACGUCCACGGCGGCGGACGCCGAACGGGACGGCGUCAAAGUGCCGACCACAUUGGCCGAGUACUGCGUCCAGACCAGGGUGCCGUCCCAGGACAGCAGCUCGGACCUGCUCUACGACGACCUUUACGACGACGACAUGGAGGAGGACGAGGACGAGGACGACGAGAGCGACAUGGAGUCCAUAGGCGAGGCCGGAGGCGCCAGCACGGCGGAGGACGGCCAGACGUCCACCAGAUGUUACGACAACCAGGACGACUCCGGCAACGAAGACUCGUGAUGUUCUGGAUAUUUACUCUUUGCCAACUCCCCCUAAGCCCCGCCCACUCUCCGGUGUGCGUGUGUGUGCGUGUGUGUGUGUGCGCGUGUAUACAGUGGGGUCAAAAGUCUACUGCCAAAAAAAAAAAACCAACCCUUUUCAUCAUUUAUUAAACAAAUAAGUCCAAUAAUGUUUCUCCCAUACUUCACUUAAACUUUCCACCAUUUGCCUUAAUUCCAGCUUGCGCUCCACACACAAAAAAGAUGGCAGCAGCCCGGAAGUGGUUUUGGUUUUGUUAGGUUUAGCAGGUGGGAAAUGUUGUUUUCAUCAACAGUCAAUUAUAUUAUUACACAUUUGCAAAAGCAUUUUUUUAACAUUAUUUUUAGUUUUUACAGAAAAAAUCUGGCAACUUAAUUGCCAGAAUUUGACCAUUUAGUGUUUUUUACAGCCUACUAAACUAAGUUGUCAUCAUUUUACCAGAACAUUUACUGUUUCUUAUAGCAUUUUUGGGGAAAUGCAAAAACUACCAGCACUUUUUAAGGACUACCAUCAAAUCUGCAA